AGCGGACGAAAUGAAUAUAGCGAUACAUGAGCCAUCCUAAGCUUGAUUACCUGAGACAGUUUGUUAAACCAAAUGACCCAAAGGAGGAAUAUAAAAUAUUAGCUCCAAUUGGUAGUGGGACAUAUGGCGAUGUUUUCAAGGCAGUUCAUCGGGAGAAGCGAACACUGGUGGCGGUUAAAGUUAUGAAAAUUGACCUAAAAGAUGACAUAAGAUCAAUCUGUCAGGAAAUACACACUUUGAGGGAAUGCAGACAUCCGAAUAUUGUACAGUUCUAUGGCAGUUAUCUCAGGAAUAAUAAGUUAUGGAUAUGCAUGGAGUAUUGCGGUGGACAAUCUAUGCAAGAUAUUUAUUUAUACACCAGGCGUCCGUUAGAAGAAGACUGUAUCGCAUUUGUUUCCAGAGAAACUUUGCAAGGCUUAAACUUCAUGCAUAAUCGUGGACGUAUCCACAGGGACAUUAAAGGUGCCAAUAUUCUCCUAACCGAUGAUGGCCAUGUUAAAGUGGCUGACUUCGGAGUAGCCGCCCAACUCAGUACCUCAAUCGCUAAAAGAACAACCUUAAUUGGAACACCCUAUUGGAUGGCUCCCGAGGUGGCUUCAAUUGAGUCACGUGGGUCUGGUUAUGAUGGGAGAUGUGAUAUUUGGGGUGUUGGUAUUACUGCCAUUGAAUAUGCUGAACUACAACCUCCCAUGUUUGAUCUUGAUCCAAGAAAGGCAUUGCAAAUUCUUGGAUCACGAAAUUAUAAACCUCCUUCUUUACAAGAUCGCCAUAAAUGGUCUCCACUAUUCCAUUCAUUUGUCAAAUGUUGUUUAAUUAAAAGUGAACGACGGAGACCUGAUGCGGCUACAAUGCUUACUCAUAAUUUCGUUACAAAUCCUCAUUUAUCUACAUUAUUAACUCAACGUCUACUAUGUUAUCGACGACAGUUAGAGUCUACAGCUAAAAAUGCUUAUUCUCAUGGCGAUGCAGGAAUAUCUAUACCACCGAAAAAGAUUUCUGCACCUGCGGGGAAUUUCGUUUCUCCUAAUAAUCAUGCGCCUGGAUAUAUUGUGCCCCAACACAAUGCACCUCUAAUAUCGAAUGCUGGUGGUACACCUAAUUCAAAACUAAUGAAUGAAUUUGCCGACACUCCUGUAGUGAACAAUCUUGCGGUUAGUUGUGGAGUGGGUGCUGGUGGCCCGGUACAUUUUGUGUCAUCUCAGAAACUUGUUCUCGAACGGAAACCUGACGUAUUCCCCAAUGUACAGAUCCACAACAGUUUAUCUUGCUCCGAUAUAGCAAAUGAUUUACUUCGUGAAGUAAUGGAUGCAUUCGAUAAACGACGAAGUGGUGUUGAUUUCCGUGGAAGUGACUCUAUCGACUGUUUGGAUACUAAUCAGACAGAUGGUGAAAUUAAAGCCAAUAAUGUAUCACGAAAUGAUGCUGGAAUAACACCUCCACCGAUUCCUCCGGCACCACGUUCACGCUCUAAAAGACGUGCUCCACCUCCUCCACCACAAUCAUCAUCUAAUGCUUUUAAUAAUGUUAACAUUACGAAUUCAUCAUUUGAUCAAAUCAUUGAUAUCUCCACUUUAGAAAUUGGUAGUGAUAUCUCCAAAGCUGAUGAUCUAUUCAUGAAUGGACUAUCUGCUCCAUCGCAUGAAAAUCAUGUUGAAGAAACCUCGGGUGAUAUAUCUUUAAAUUAUAAUAUUAAAAUAAUACGAGAAAAUGUUACAAAUAAUCAAGAAAAAUACAAUUCUGUAAGCAUAGAUCAUAAUGGUCAAAUAUCUAUUGUCAAUGAAAAUGAUAAGACAUUGACACCAGCUCCACCUAGACCACCACCUCCUAAAGUGGAUAAUAAUCAUACUACUGCACCAACAUCAGUUUCAAUUUGGAAAGGUAAACAAAAUGAUGAUUCUAAGCAUGUUUCACGUCAACAACAAUUAGAAAUAGGUAUUGGUCUUCCGCCUACUCCAAAAGUUCAUAUGGGUGCCUGCUUUAUGCAAAUAUUUGAAGGUUGUCCGCUAAAAGUGAACUCCACAGCAACAUGGGUAAAUCCAGAAACACUAAGUCAGAUUAUUCUUUUUGGCACCAAUGAUGGUAUUUAUUACCUUGAUUUAGUGAAUUUAGCUGAUGGUACAUUAGAACUGCUUGUGCCAAGACGAUGUCUCUGGUUAUUUGUCUUCAAAGACACAAUGAUGUCUAUAUCAGGUCAACAUCCACAGUUGUUCAGUCAUAAUUUAAUCUCCUUGAUGAAAAAUCGAACUUCGCAAACACGAUUUCUUCAUAAGCGUUUUCAGCCAACUGUCAAGGUUCCAGACACACGAGGAUGUUGCAUAGCUAGUGUGGUGCGUAAUCAAUGCAAAGGCAUGAAAUAUUUAUGUGGUGCUAUAGCAAAAAGUAUUUUUGUCAUGGAAUGGUAUAAUCCAAGGAAUACAUUUAUUGAAGUUAAACGAGUUGAAGUGCCAAAUAUGCCUAAUCCAUUGUUGAAUUUUGAUUUACUUAUCAGUCCAGAUCAAAAUUUGCCUAUUGUUUGUUUAGGCGUAUCAUCUACACCAGAUCCCCUAGUUUAUAAAUUACAUCUUGUGAAUUUAAAUGAAGACUCAAACGCUUCAUGGUAUACAAAUCCUUGUCGUUCUGAAGAUAAACUACAAGUGAUUAAGGUUGUACAGUUGGAUACACGUUCAUUAUUGAUUUGCUUCCCAACUCAUGCUACAAUGGUCAAUAUGAAUGGACGUGUGCUAGUAAGUAGAGAUGGUCGUAUAGCCAAAUUUCCAUUCGAUACAACAGUUGACUCUAUUGUUCGACUGCCUGAUAGCGUACUUGCUUUCCAUACUCAUGGCUUAAGAGGAAUAGAUUUCGCUGGCAGGACUACACAAGAUAUUGAUGACGAUAAACACGUCUACCGACUUCUUGGAAGUGAUCGAAACAUCGUUGUUGAAAGCAGACCAAGUGAUGAUCCAAUGUCUAACUCAAACCUUCUCAUUCUUGUUGGACAUGAAGACUCAUCUUGAUCCACAGUAUUUAGUGACACAACUUCAAACAUCUGUAUUUUUAGAUAUGAAUUAUUUAUACUCGUCAAUAUGGCGCUUAAAACAACUAGCUAUCAUUUCUUUACUAUGGUCAGCUGAUAAAUAAUGAACUGAAAUAUCCUCCGUUGAAUAUAUGAGCGGUCGGUUCGUUUUUAUAAUUUGCAAUACUUUUAAAUGAUAUUUAUUACAAACACAGAAAUGCACACAAUUUGACGACGUUUGAGGGAAAGCGAACCCUUUCUGACUGAUUUAUUAAUGCUUAUUUCGUUUAUUACUUUAUUUUGUGUUUAAUUUUAAUUUAUUUCUUUGUUCUUUCUUUAAAAUAUCUUCAGUGUUGAUUACUUUUGUCAAUCAUAACUUGUGGAAACUUGUACAGCCCCUUGCCUUAAAAGUGUGUAUUUUCAAUCAACACUUUACUCACUUAUACUCGAAUUCAUUCAACUUAUAACUUGUGCUUUCAGAAACUAAUAAUGAGCCUUGUUUCUGCAACUUUAUUUAUCUUAUUUCUGUGUCUACACUUACUGGAGACAGAUUUUAAAUUACAGUAACCAUUCCCCCAGCGAAUUAAACGUAAUACUGGUGACUCAGUUAGUGAUAGGAUUUAGCUUGGAAGAAUGCUGACUACCAUGAAACAGUCUAGGGAUAUAUGUAGUAAGAGACUGUUUGAAAUAAAUAAUUGCAAAGUAUAACAACAAAUUGAAAGCUGACACAAUCAAGGAGGACAGUAUAUUUACCUAAUGAGUUUUGUAUUCACAUCGACUUCAUCAAUAGGUCGAACACUCAUUAAUCAAGCCAUAAGCUUAACUCCCACAUUUUCAUGCUAUUUUUCGUAUCAGAUGAAAUAUUUGCCAAUCCUCAUCUUGUCGCUUUAACUUAGGAACGACUUUUUUUUACCAAAAAUGCAUAUUUCCCAUUGCAGCUAUUUCAAGUGUGUAAAUGCUCUCCAUGGAAUCACAAAAACCUCCAUAUUGUCGCGUAUCUAAAUCGUCUUAAAUGUGCUUCAUAAAAUGAAUAAGAAAGCACUGUGUACUUGUGGCUUUCGGAGUAUAUAGAGGAUGUUACGGGCAAUAAAUAGACGUAAAUACGUGUGAGUAACUCUCUAGUACAGAAGAUCAUGUAACCUGUUUUUGUUAGCCUGUUAUAAUGAAAAAGGGGAAUAGUUGAUUAGUUCACUGGUAUAUCCUUCCAGUUCAAGGUAAAUGUACUUACCAGACGGUUCUAUUUUUUACGUUUCAUUAAUGUAAAGUCAAACACAACGUGGUUUACCAGCUGUAGCACUUAAUUUUCAACUAGUAACCUGGAUUACUGCUUUACCUGCAUCAGCUUAGGGUUCCUCAUAAAUUUGAUUUAUGGCCUGGUACAUAAGCCUCUCGCGAGUAUCUAAAUUCUAACCAAAUUAAACCAUACAUGCCCUAUUUCGCCAGAAUUCUUAGGCUCUUGAGCUUUUAUAGGUGCAGAUGAAAAAGCGUACGUAACGACACAACAAAUUCCACACCAACAGAAUCUCACACAUGCAGUGACUGAAUGUAUACUCACUAGUACGUAUCAGCUAUAAAAGAAGCUUUAAGAUUCGAACAGUCAUAUCAGAGUACAAUCUGGUCAAGACAUUUUCCGCAGUCUUCUAGUAGGAAACUACCGUAAUUCACUAUCGUGCCAGUCUCUGAUGAUUAAUAAAGUACAAACAACCAUAGGACGAACUCCUGCAGACCAGUGAAAUAUUUAUCAUUAUACCAAGUUAUUUGAACAUAGUUACAUUCUAAAUACCAUAAUAACCUCAUCCUAUAUGUUGAAGAUAUCACGAAGAGGGAUUAGGUACAUGCAUCUUGAAGGUAACUAAUCUAGGGUAAAUAUUAACCCACUUCCCCUACUUCAGCAUGUGUAACUAUGUAGCAAGAGUCCAAGCCAUCACAACUUAGUGAAUCAAAGUAUGUCAUGUAACAGAAUUAUGUCAAUACUUUGAUGGGAGUCUGAGUAAAUGAAUUUCUGCCAACCGUCCUGGCGGUAAUCCACAUUUAUUAGUAUUAUAUUAGAUCUGUUGAUAAUACAAACUAAAACUACUUGCAGUCACUGGGUAUGACUAAGUGUCAACAAAUCACACUGGGUUAAUCAUAUUGCUCAAGACUGAAUACCCUCUGAAAGCAGGAAGUCAGUACCCAAUGGAGAAUCCAGAGGUUAAUUAGUAGUAGAAAUCCUUUGUUUUUAUAAACUCGUGGGGGAAUUCGUCGUUCGAGAUGAAGUAUCAAAUAGUUUCGAAAAACACCAGUCUUGAGUUGGAACAGACAAACAAUCCAGGCAGACGUUAAGACUCAAAAUAGAAUAGGGAAUGCAGAAAAUGCAUGCACUCGGUCAGCAUAUAAAUGUAAUUCAAAUCAAUGCUAUAAAUGUGAAAAUACACAUUAAUACUGACCAGCUGUAAAAUGAGAUGAGAUACACGCAUGAUUAGAGGUCCUUCGCUUUGACAGACAUUAACACGAUAGAAUGACACCGCGUGUUACAUCAAGUAAACUUCCCUAGCAUAGAAGUUGAUUUGCCCAUCUCUCUGUAAAAGCGAAAAUGCGACUACAUUCAUGAAGGUACAGUGACUACACAGCCUUGUAUAAGUUAAUUACUCAAGUUAACUGAGAUUACUCUUGAACUCUCUAAAUAUAUAUUCCACUCUGCUACUUCAGAGUUCAGCAGUGGUAAACCUAACACUUGUGACUAUGGUUACUUGCCGUAAGUGAUGCUCUUCACUUUAUGCAGUGAAAUUCUCGCGAGAUAUUUAUUUCAUAAUAGUGAAGCAACUAUGUCCGGUGCUUUGUGUAGUUGGACUGAUAACCACACUUUUACCACAUCAAAAUCACUGAAACUUUCCAAAAUCGCAACCACAAAGUAUUCUAAUACAGUUCGAUUAUCGUCUCAGUCUGCACAUGUCAACAGCAAGCACUUGAAGGUUUUCCCAGAGAGUAGAGUUAAUUUGAGUGAAAUCAUUUAGAAACGCAAAAGAAAACAAUUCCAGCUAUAACAAUGUAAUUAUAAUGGCAAUGACAAUCAUUAUAAUUGGAGUUGACUUCGAGAAGUGAUAUAUGAACGGAAGUAAAAAUAAAGUGGAGGCGUAUCUAUUUUCGAAUAUCGAAACUAUGAUAUUGCAAUUGGGAAAUCUUCUUUUCAUUUUUGAAUUCACAUCUCUCAAUGUGAGACUUCGGACUUCCAACUUCACGUAGCCAGUGUUUGCUAAUCAAUUUGACUGAGGAUAGAUGAAUCGCGAACCUACAAUGCAUCUGCCUUCCCGGUGGGACCUUGGAAUUCACCCACUACUGUACCUUUUUCCGUAUUCAUAACCCAACCAACAAGGCCAUUCUGUUUCGCGAACUCUGAAGCAUGCUAAAUACAUGUGUUAGUUUUAGAAACGACAGACCUUCCGGAAGAAGACUCCUAUUUAACAAUUAUCAGUUUAUAUAUUGCCUACCUUGAACUUUGCCGUAAACCUCAAAAGAACAACCCACCAAGUUGCCCGCCAUUUAUAUAGCCGCUAAGACUAAGGAGACGGGAAAUUCAAUGUCC